CGGCAGAACCAAGCACGGAGCACCGCAUCAAUCAAAGCAAGUAAAGUAAAUGGUAAUCAACCUAGGAACUCUCACAUCACUCUGCCGGAAGUCAGCAUGGCCGCCACCAACACUACAGACCGGCGCCAAGCUCUGCAGGCGUUCGACGACACCAAGGCUGGCGUGAAGGGCCUCGUCGACGCCGGCGUCAUCAUCGUCCCGCCCAUCUUCCACCACCCUCCCGACUCCCUCCCCACUUCUUCCUCCUCGGUCACCAUCCCGGUCAUCGACCUCUUUGCCAGCCGGUCCGAUGUGCUCGCCCAGGUGAAGGCGGCGGCGGAGACGGUGGGCUUCUUCCAGGUGGUGAACCACGGCGUGCCAGCCGUCCUCCUCGCCGAGACGCUCGCGUCCGUCCGCCGCUUCCACGAGUCGCCGCCGGAGUCCAAGGCGCCGUACUACACCCGCGACCUCGCCAAGAAGCUCCGGUUCAACUCCAACUUCGACCUGUUCCAGUCGCCGGCGGCCAACUGGCGCGACACCCUCUUCUGCCAGGCGCUCCCGGACCCGCCGGGGGAGGACGAGCUCCCGCCCGCCGUGCGCGGCGUCCUGCCGGCGUACUCCGGCGCGGCGCGCAGGCUGGCCGUGGCGGUGCUGGAGCUGCUGUCGGAGGCGCUCGGGCUGGCGCCGGGCCGGCUGGCGGAGAUGGGGUGCGCGGACGGAGUGGUCGUGGUGGGCAACUACUACCCGCCGUGCCCCGAGCCGCGCCGCACCCUCGGCACCAGCCGGCACUCCGACCCGGCAUUCCUCACCGUGCUCCUGCAGGACUACGACAUGCCCGGCCUCCAGGUGCUCGUCGGCGGCGAGGAGGAGGAGGAGGAUGGGCGGCGGCGGGCGUGGGCGGACGUGCCUCCGGUGGCGGGCGCGCUGGUGAUCAACGUGGGCGACCUGCUGCAGCUGGUGAGCAACGGGAGGCUGAGGAGCGUGGAGCACCGGGUGGUGGCCAACGGCAGCAGGGACGGCAGGGCCAGGGUGUCCGUGGCAGCGUUCUGCAACGCCGACCUGAGCGCGAGGACGGCGGCGAGGGAGUACGGUCCCAUCGAGGAGCUGGUGUCCUCGUCGUCGGCGCCGGCGCUGUACCGGAGCGUCACCGUGCCGGAGUUCCUCUCCCACUACGACGACAAAGGCCUCGACGGGCGCCCGGCGCUCGAUUACUUCCGUCUUCCUCGCCCCUGAUGCGAUGCGCUGAUCGAGUUGAUGAGUUGGGAUUUCGUAUGUGUCGUGAUGCACCCGUGUGCACGUAGGACCAAGACAUUGCCUCCACCAAUAAAAGAUCUGAGUUCAUUCCUCUCCCGGUGAAGAUUUUAGAAGCAAACGGGUACUCCAUGAACUGUUAGCCUAGAAUCAUGUGAAUGUUAGAAUGACGUAGAAAUCAUGAUCAGUACCAUCGAUCGAUUGGUACCUACGUUACUGACAGGUCUGCCACCGUGUACUGCCAAUGCCAAAUAGAUGGUGCCAAUCAACUUCUUGAUCUGAUUCCUGA